AUGUCAAAAGCAGUGGGUAUAGAUUUGGGUACUACCUACUCCUGUGUUGCGCAUUUUGCAAAUGACCGUGUCGAGAUUAUUGCCAACGAUCAAGGUAAUAGAACUACUCCUUCAUAUGUGGCCUUCACAGACACAGAAAGGUUGAUUGGAGAUGCGGCAAAGAACCAAGCUGCAAUCAACCCACACAAUACUGUUUUCGAUGCAAAAAGAUUGAUCGGAAGAAAAUUUAAUGAUCAAGAAGUAAUAAACGACGCAAAGCAUUUCCCUUUUAAAAUUAUAGAUAAAGAAGGGAAACCUGCCAUUCAAGUCCAAUUCAAAGGUGAAACUAAAACAUUCACCCCUGAAGAAAUUUCAUCAAUGGUAUUAACUAAAAUGAAAGAAACAGCAGAAGGUUUCUUGGGGGCAAAAGUAAACGACGCCGUCGUCACUGUCCCCGCUUAUUUCAAUGAUUCUCAAAGACAAGCUACAAAAGAUGCAGGUACCAUUGCAGGUUUGAACGUCUUGAGAAUUAUUAAUGAACCUACCGCGGCUGCAAUUGCUUACGGUUUAGAUAAAAAGGGAAGAACUGAACAUAACGUUCUAAUCUUCGACUUGGGUGGCGGUACCUUCGACGUUUCCUUGUUGUCAAUCGACGAAGGGGUUUUCGAAGUAAAGGCAACUGCUGGUGAUACCCACUUGGGUGGUGAAGACUUCGACAAUAGAUUGGUAAACCAUCUAGCCGACGAAUUUAAAAGGAAAAAUAAAAAAGACUUGACCUCAAAUCAAAGAGCUUUACGUAGACUACGUACCGCAGCUGAAAGAGCUAAAAGAGCACUUUCCUCCUCAGCUCAAACUUCAAUUGAAAUAGACUCUCUUUUUGAAGGUGUAGAUUUUUAUACCUCCAUUACAAGAGCAAGAUUCGAAGAAUUAUGCGCAGAUAUGUUCAGAUCAACGCUGGAUCCAGUCGAAAGAGUAUUGGCAGAUUCAAAGUUAGACAAAUCCCAGAUAGAUGAAAUCGUGCUAGUAGGCGGCUCUACAAGAAUCCCUAAAAUUCAAAAACUAGUCUCCGACUUCUUUAAUGGCAAACAGCCAAACAAGUCAAUUAAUCCAGAUGAAGCAGUUGCUUAUGGUGCUGCUGUACAAGCUGCUAUCUUAACUGGUGAUACUUCUUCAAAGACUCAAGACCUGCUAUUGUUGGACGUCGCUCCAUUGUCUUUGGGUAUUGAAACUGCAGGUGGUAUCAUGACAAAGCUGAUCCCAAGAAAUUCUACUAUUCCAAUUAAAAAAUCUGAAACCUUCUCUACCUAUGCAGAUAAUCAACCUGGGGUUCUAAUUCAAGUGUUCGAAGGUGAAAGAACAAGGACAAAGGAUAAUAACUUGCUAGGGAAAUUUGACUUAACAGGUAUCCCUCCAGCACCAAGAGGUGUCCCACAAAUAGAAGUUACCUUCGACAUUGAUGCAAAUGGUAUCCUAAACGUCUCUGCUAUUGAAAAAGGUACCGGUAAAUCAAAUAAAAUUACAAUCACAAAUGACAAGGGUAGAUUAUCAAAAGAAGAUAUUGAUAGAAUGGUGUCAGAUGCAGAAAAAUUCAAAGCUGAAGACGAUGCAGAGGCUGACCGUGUGCAAGCAAAAAAUCAAUUGGAAUCAUAUGCUUUCUCUUUGAAAAAUGCAAUUGCAGAAUCCUCAUUUAAAGAAAAAGUUGGUGAUGAAGAUGCUUCGAAAUUGGACUCCAUUGCUACUGAAGUUAUAUCUUGGUUAGAUGCAUCUCAAGCAGCUUCCACUGAUGAAUAUAAAGAAAGGCAAAAGGAAUUAGAGAGUGUAGCAAAUCCAAUAAUGUCCAAGUUCUAUGGAGCUGGUGGAGCUGGUGCUGGUGGUCCAGGUGGUGGUAUGCCAGGCGGACCUGGUGCUGGCGCUGGCGCCGGCGCCGGUUCAGAAGGACCAACCGUAGAAGAAGUCGACUGA